GAUUCUAUUGAUAGAAUGCUAACUAAGAAAACAGGAAAAGCAAUUCGAAAUUAUAUUAAUGAUUUCCUUUCUAAUAAUCAAGUAAAUUUUAAAAAAUCUCGCUUGACAGAAUCUGUUAAUAGUUCAAUAUUAAUUUUAGCUGAUUCAAAGAUAAAUAAAGUUGAUCACAUUACUGAUUUGCCUAACGAAAGAGAGGAUGAGUCUGAGCAAUUCGACACACGUAAUUUAUUGACUAAGAAGCGACAUUCUUGGGAAAAUGUUAUUAAAGAGAUCGAUAUAAGAAAUGACUCUAAAAAGGAUUGGAUUAUUGAUAAAUAUAAUCUCUCAACUGAAUUUCGUAAUUUUCAACUAUCAACAAUCCGAGAAAUUGAAAAGAUCCCUUUUCUGUCCUUUAAAACUGAUCUUCAUAAGAUUCUUUGCCUGUCCAACAUAAUGCUUAUAGAGCAGACAAGGCCGUUGUAUCUCACCUGCGUUGAAACAGUUUGGAGCCAAAUAUGCCAAAGACAAGUGCCUCCAAGUUUGCCAGAUGUGGUCCAAAAUAUGAUUUUGGAAUAUUCUAAACUAUUGAAUGCAUUCACACCAAUAGUUGAUAUUCAGAAGACUUGGUGUAGAAAUUUUUCAAAAGUUAACGAGUUGAGCAACCAAGAUGACAUAGAAAAAUUUUGUGGAAUUCAAAUUAUUUUACGUAAUUUUUUAUUACUGAACCUCAAAGCCAAUAAUGACAACGAAGACACCUUCGUUCAUGACAUGUUGCACGAUUUGCUAAAAGAAAUCUUUCGCGAUCCAAUUUUUGAGUUGAUCUGGGCCAACAGUGAAAGCGCUUCGUCAAAAAAUCGACGUCGUAACAAUAAAGAAAAUUCGCGAGGUAAAAAACCGGAUUUUAAGCUCCUAGUGAAUACAAAUGAUGAGAUUCUCUUUGGCGAAGUCAAAUCACCAAAAUAUAAAAAUCUAUCUUCAUUGGUUUGUCAAGAUUUUGUCAAGCUUGCAAAUUUUCAAUCCGGAGUGCAAAUCCGAAUUUAUCAAAUGGACUUAGAAUAUGAUGGGUUGUACAGGAUGUAUCUGGUCGCAGACGUAGUUUUACCCACUCAAAAAUCCCAAUUCAUAAGUCUGGUGCCAAUAUUGGAGGCAUUGUACAAUGUAAAAGAUUCCGUUUCUAAAGUUUUGGAGGUAAUUACCUCAGACACUUCGCAUAUUUUAUCUCGCUCCGAUUAUUGCAGAUUACCCCCACCCUCACCGGAAUUUGUCCAAGUUUCGGUUGUAAUUUCUAACGAAAGAUAG